CAGAGAGCAUGCUAUGAUAAGGAAGUUAGCUCAGCACUCUCCAUUCAGUGUUCCCUCCCCUUUGUUUUUUCUUCACCUGAACGUCUAGUUAGACAAGUCAAGCAGGCUAGGUGGAGGUGAGUCAAAUGAACUUUUUCAGAGAAGAAAGAGAGGGAGAGUGAAAGAAGUGCUGUCGUUCUGAAUGCCGGUUACCAGUAGGAUAGCCAGAGAGAGAGAGAGAGAGACAGGCAGGAAACUACACCUCCUUGACCAUAUCUUCAUCACACCCUGAGGAGACCGUCUCUCUUCUUCUCAAGCCACCUUCCAUCCAGUGUUUUUCCCUCCCCCCCGUGUUUCUGUCAAGGAUGAGGGCGAUUUCCGCGGUUAUCUUCAUGGCCGUCUGCGUCUUGGUGGUUUUAGCCUUCCAAGGCAUUCGUCAGGAGCUGAACCUCCGAGAGCUCCAGGGACGAAUCAAAAGAGCGACAGAACAGGUGAAAAAGAAGGAGGAUGAGAUCGUGGAAUCGAAGCAGAAGAUUCAGGAGCUGAAUAACCAGAUAGCUCCCAUGAAUACCAAGAAGGACCAACUGACAAAACAGAAAGACGAGCUCCAGAAGUCCACAGAUAAUGCUCAGAAGGACCUGGAAAAAUGCAAUAAGGAGAAGGCAGACUCCGAAAAGAAGAAGACGGACGCGGCGGCAGCGCUUCCAAAGCUAAAAGCGGAUCAGGAAGAAGAGAAGAAGAAAGCUGAGGAGGAAAUUCAGGCUUUGAAGCAGCAAAUCCUGGACAGAGACAAGAAGAUCUGCGAGUUUGUGGAUCCAAAUCAGACAGAGGGCAUGAAACUGUGCGGCAAGUAAACCUCCUCCCUCACCUCCCCUGUGCUGACACGUUCUGAACCUCCCCAAAAAAAACCCCUUCCAGAUGUCUUUUCAGUACUCCCAAAAAUGAAAAUAAAAACGAACCUUAUUGUGUAUAAAUGAUUUGUUUGAACAACAUCUUUUUUGAUGUAUUUACUUGUUCAUAGUAUUUUUUUGUUUGUUUGUUUGUUUGUUUA